GACACAGCCUUCCUGCCCUUCGCCUCAGAGCGCAUGCAGUUCGAGUCCCCGCAGCAUUCGGUAUAGUCGAGGUAUCGCGACUGUCACCGCUGUUGUGCUCACAGCUUCGUUACUUACGUUUUUUCGAGAGGGAUAUUUUCGAAAAAACGAAAAGCGAGAGAAAUAGUUUAAAACUUUGAAUUUUGGAAACCCACAAAAAAAGAAAGAAGAAAGCGGGUUAUUUUUGUAUUAUUCGUUCAUUUUCUUUUUUCGGGGCAUUGUCUUCCGUGGAGCUGCCAAAACAUAUCCAUAGGAAAAAAAAAAAAAGUAAGGCGAUCGAAGGAAGGAAAAAGAGAAUCCGGGAGGAAACUCAACCAAUCGAGAUUAUUUUUUGCGUAAUUGCGCCAUCCCAUCCCAGAACGGAAGAGGUGCACGAGGGCGCCCCUGAACCUGAGUCCUGAGUCUCGUGGCUCAUUGGCUCUCCGCGACGUCUCACUUGCAGAUAGAAAGCAGACGCUGCCACAUCUCACCGCGGCGGGCACUAACACAUUCGCUCACUUCGCACCCGGACGAUCAUUUCAGCCCUGUUUUUUUUCCCUAACACCUUACAGUUACUCGAGACAGUUGACUUGAGAUUUCCAAAGAAGCAAUCGGGCUUCAACUCCAAUCGAGGAGGCGGAGUCUUAACUUAUUAAAAGGAACUUGCUGAGGCUCGGACGGCAGCAAACAUGAUGAUGAUGUCUCUGAACAGCAAGCAGCCGUUCUCUAUGGCUCACGCCAGCUUGCCGGAGCCGAAGUAUUCGCUCUCGUCUUUGCACUCCUCGUCCUCCACGAUGACUUCCAACGCGCCGUCCUCCUGCUCGUCCUCCCGACACAGUAACUCCAUCAUCAGCAGCAGCGGCGGCGGCUCCGAUGCGAUGCGUCGAGUCUGUCUCCCAAACCCACCGAGCAAUAUAUUCGGGGGCUUGGAUGAGAGUUUGUUGGCCCGAGCUGAAGCUUUGGCGGCGGUCGACAUCGCCUCCCAGAACAAGAGCCACCACCACCACCCUCCGCACCACAGCCCCUUCAAGCCGGACGCCACCUACCACACCAUGAACACUCUCCCCUGCACCUCCUCGUCAGCCUCCUCGUCGGUGCCCAUCUCACAUCCGUCAGCCCUGUCCGGCCACCACCAUCACCACCACCACCAUCACCAUCACCAACCCCACCAGGCGCUGGAGGGGGACCUGCUGGACCACAUCACCCCCGGACUGUCAUUAGGAGCGAUGGCUGGUCCGGAUGGCUCGGUGGUUUCCACGCCUGCGCACCCUGCACACAUGGCGGGCAUGAACCACAUGCACGCGGCCAUCAACAUGGCUCACGCUCAUGGGCUACAGUCUCACAUGGGCUGCAUGAGCGACGUGGACGCGGAUCCCAGGGACUUGGAGGCGUUCGCCGAGAGGUUUAAGCAGAGGCGGAUCAAACUCGGGGUUACCCAGGCGGAUGUAGGGUCAGCUUUGGCCAACCUGAAGAUUCCUGGGGUGGGAUCCCUGAGCCAAAGCACCAUCUGCCGAUUUGAAUCCCUCACACUCUCCCACAACAACAUGAUCGCUUUGAAGCCCAUUCUGCAAGCGUGGCUGGAGGAAGCCGAGAAAUCCCACCGAGAGAAACUUAACAAACCCGAGCUGUUCAACGGCGCAGAGAAGAAGCGGAAGCGCACGUCCAUAGCCGCACCAGAGAAGAGGUCACUGGAAGCCUAUUUUGCCAUUCAGCCGAGACCUUCCUCGGAAAAGAUCGCUGCUAUCGCGGAAAAGCUGGACCUGAAAAAGAACGUAGUCCGUGUCUGGUUUUGCAACCAACGACAGAAACAGAAACGAAUGAAGUAUUCUGCAUGCGUCUAAAUGCAAAAUCAACAACAGUGUUGGAGGGACUUGGAACUGUUUAGAGACCAUGUGUAUCAUAUUUCUUAUCUCACACUUUUUCAAUCAUCGAUGACUUUCUCAUUUGAACUCCAAAUGCAAAAAAAACAUUCAAAUUGACAGAAAACUGAACACUGUUACCACGUCUUAUGCUCUCUGAAAAGGAUGUGGACUCGAGUAAAGCAACGUUUGACAGAGCAAGUAAGACAACUGUUUCCACACUACUAUGCUUUACGUGUCUGGCGUCAACGCAGUAUGGCCUAUUCCUCCAAAUUUGCUUAAAUGACAAAUGUAUUUAUAAUGAUUAUGUUCAGACGAGGACUAUAGUUUGCGUUUGACCUUGCUCAGACAGUAGCACCGAAUAAUGCUCGUCGUUUACACUCCCCUGACUCCUAACUUAUAGCACUUGGUUUGUAUUUAUUCAUGUUUAUAUUUUGGCCCAGCAUAAGGUACUCUUAUUUUAUGAUGGAGGUUGAUGAACAAUGCAGUCUAAUAUUUUAUUCAGGGUCUAAAAGGGGGAUAGAGAAACAUUUCGUGAAGUUGUUAGUUGGUUUCUGCCAAAUAACCCCUUGUAAAUUAUUAAUCUAGCUGUCCACUUCAUUUUGUGUCCAAUGUGUAAUUAUUUCCAUCUAUUUUUUGCCGUGUGAUAAAAUAUAAAAAAAUCAGGGCCAUGUGUUUCAAGAACGUCACAGUUUUGAAAAGCAAAUAUAUUUGCUUUAGGCCCCAAUAACAGGAAAUACCAAUAGGGCCUGAAUUGAGACAACUGUAGGUUUUGAAUUGGAUAAAAUAUGAUAAGAUAAUAAUUUACCAAUCCUUGGGACGUUGUCUCAUAAACUAUUUAUUGAGUGAGGUCAUGUUUACUUCAUUAUAUAUUUAUUGGGAUUCCCUCUCCUGGUCUUGCUUGAGAAAAUCCGUUUCUGACUGCAAGUUAACCGUGAUGUUUGGCUGAAAGGAUACUGUGAAACAUGGUCAUAAAUUUAAAUUACAUUUUGAAACGUUCGAGAUGGUACAAUCGAGAGAUAGACUAUAUAAGAGAUUAUUCUCUUUUUAAAAUUAUUUUAUGUAUGUUCUUGCUCUUUAUUUGUAUAAAUAUGCGCGCAUUAUGGCGUCGUUGCUUGUUCACCUUGUUUAGUAAUGUUUUCUUAAAGAGAAAAUGACAGGUUCAUCAAAGUCUACGUGUACAAUGUAAAUAUUUCAUUGGAAUCAGUCGAUGCACAUAAAUAUAUCCGUACAGGUUUUGCUGUAUUGCUGUUUUAGCUGAAGUAACUUAUUUCUGUAUUGUACGUUGCUUUCGUUUCCUGGUUAAAUGAUUCUAUUAAUUUAUUACAUCCAUGUAAAUUUAAAUUAUUUGAUUCUUGAACUGCAAUAUGUGUUUCAUUAAAGAACAAACGUAAACAUUUAGUUGGACGUUUUUGCAUGAUUAUCAUUUAUGUGCUGGUACAAAAGUUGAACAGAUUUGAGCCAUGGCACUUGGAUUUCCUUAGUUUUCAAUUAUUGAACCCAGUUUGACACUGGCUGAUAUAGGCCUUCCAUCUUGAAAGAGAUUCCGUUUUUUAUUUUUGUGUGGCUUGGUUUUUCUUGUUUUUGUUGUAGUCGAAUAUAUUUUGGGCCUUCCAUACCGCCGUAGGCUAAAUAGCAGCUCAGCAAGUAGCCCCUAUAGGAAGUUUAGACACGUUGGGUCUAUUGUUAUUCCUAAUAUGCCUUCAACUUAAAAGGCACACGUGGUUACUGACAUCGCUGGCAGCUUCUGGAGCUCGCGCUAGCCUUACCUGAGAGCAAAUGCUAAUAUUCUAUUAGAGCCUAAUCAGGGAAUCUAGGGAGAGCGCGACGCGUCCCUGGAGCACAGCGCUGCCAGAUGUCAGCCCGCCAGAAAAACAGCUCGCCUGCCAAAAUGCCCGUCUCUAUUUAAAUACACACUCAAAAACCUGCUUGAUUCCUGCAUCGGGGCAUGCGCGCGUAUGCUUUGAAGCACACCUUGGUUUCAGGGUGACGAGGGUUUGGUAAAGGGAAAAUAUAUAUAAAAAAUGCUGUAAUUUCAUCAGCACAGCUCGUGUUAAUGCAUUAGUGCUGCUGGGUGAACGCCUUCGCUGUCGCGGGGUUGAAGGUGCACGCGGUUCAGCACCUUGGAGAGCUACCUGAGGCCACGACCAAGGGGGCGUUGUUGGCGCCAACAUUAAGCUAUUCUGGUCAUCAUUCUUCUAUACGUUUUCAUACGUUCUUAGUUUAUUACAACAUCAUGUUUUUGCAUUGUUUUAACUUCAAAAUAUAGGCCUAAUGGGUACUAUGGAUGAUAAUUAAAAUGCAAAACAGAGGUUUGACUUUAGUUGUAAUUAAAUGUGUGUGAUUAAACCCGG